AGCCUUCCGCCCUCCCCGGGUACUUCCGCUGGAGAGCUGAUGCUGCCGGAAGUGCCUGCGCGCGGGGGCCGCUGGGAGGUGACUUCUCCGGUACUCUGUCCUUCGGUCCUCUUUCCACCCCGCACUGUGAGGGGGUUCAACGUGAGGUCGGUGGGGUUAGUAACGCGGCGGCGGCUCUUCCAAGAACUCUGCAGGUACAGGGUGCCAGGACCAGGAUGUACACGCUGCUUUCGGGGUUGUACAAGUACAUGUUCCAGAAGGAUGAAUACUGCAUUCUGAUCCUGGGCCUGGACAAUGCGGGGAAGACGACCUUCCUGGAACAGUCAAAGACACGGUUUAACAAGAACUACAAGGGGAUGAGUCUAUCCAAAAUCACCACUACCGUGGGUCUAAACAUUGGCACUGUGGAUGUGGGAAAGGCUCGUCUCAUGUUCUGGGACUUAGGUGGGCAGGAAGAGCUGCAGUCUUUGUGGGACAAGUACUAUGCAGAGUGCCAUGGUGUCAUCUAUGUCAUUGAUUCCACUGAUGAGGAGAGGCUAUCAGAAUCAAAAGAGGCAUUUGAGAAGGUGGUUUCGAGUGAAGCACUGGACGGUGUUCCCAUCCUGGUGUUGGCCAACAAGCAGGAUGUGGAGACUUGCCUCUCCAUUCCUGACAUCAAGACUGCAUUCAGUGACUGUACCUGCAAGAUUGGCCGGCGAGAUUGUCUGACCCAGGCCUGCUCUGCCCUCACAGGCAAAGGAGUUCGAGAGGGCAUCGAAUGGAUGGUGAAGUGUGUCGUGCGGAAUGUUCACCGGCCACCACGGCAGAGGGACAUCACAUAAGCACCUCCAACCUCACAGUCUUGGACUAUUCGUCCCCUAGUGUUGGAAGAGUAUUCUCUGCUGGCUUCUAUCCUACUGACACUGGGGGUUGAGCUGGCUUUGUCUGUUUAUUCUUUUAUUUGCUUUAUGUUUUCUCCAAGACAAACUUUUUUCUGUGUCUGGAAAAGUGUAGGUAUUCAGAGACAAACACGGGGCAUGCUGCCGAUCCAGAUCUACAUGUCCUACACCUCCAUCCCCUGACCGAGAUUUAGAGCCCUGCCUGAUAAACAGGGCUGGAUCUGGAACUGUCCCAACAUUGUGAGGAGGGGGAAGGCAUGAGGCUACGCUUAGGCCUGUUAGCCCAGUUCAAAGUGGAAUUUGAGGUCAUCCUACUUGAAAUGGGGGCAGGGGUGGAUAGAGGGUCCUGUGGCAGCUAGCUACUUUGUCCAGCUUGUCCAUGGAGGAGGGAAUAGCCAAGGCUUAUCUCACUUGAAGAAAGAGCUGACAUCUAAGAGGCCAGCAUGGCCCCUAGUUGUUUUGUGUGGAGUUGGAUGUGUGUGGGGGAGAGACAGGAUUUCUCUGUAGCCCAGUUAACCUGGAACUCUACUUCCCUGCAUCUGUGGGAAUUAUAGAUGUGGGGCAUCACCCUGAGCUGUCUACUAAGUUCUGCUACCCUUUCAGAACAGGGUUCAGUAGACCUGCCUGGAAAGCCUAACUUCCUUAUUAACUCGUUUUCAGUCUGCUUUUAUCUCCAAAGGAGAGAGCGUGUAUUUCAAAACACACAAGUUGUGUGGUAUCCUGAGGGCACAGAUUUCACUAUGUCAAGUUCUAGUUAGUGCAGGUGGGUAUUACAUGUUUUGAGUUAAGGUGGGCUGGGUCCCUACAGGGUCCAGGUCAGUGAAAUACUAGGUUUACAUAUCUAGAUGUGUGUAAGGUUUAUGUUCCAUGCAUGAUGCAGAUUCCUAGGGAGGCAGCAGCUAUGCUGGGACUAGCCAUAUCCACUAGACCUAACUGGGCUAAAGUUUUUCAUUAUGUGGUCAAGACAAGGUUUAAAAUAAAGGCUGCAUAAGUGGC